UCUCUGUCUACCCCCCUUCCUCCUUUCUCAUUUUGUUUGAAAUUUACGUUUCCCUGGAAAUCCUGUGGGAUCUAGUGCCAUCGUUGGCCAGGAGGUCCCAGCAAGAGCCUGCAGUUCGGUGGUCAGUUCUCAGCCUUGGAGCAGAAAUCCAGAUCAAGUCCCGGGGGUGUUUCUAGGACGAAGGGAAUCUGACAAGAAGCCAAGAUGUUGCCAGUGGGGAAGAUGUCCCAGGUACAGGACGGCAAAGUCUACCAGCAGAUCUUCCAGGCCGAGGUGCAGCUGGUUCAGUCUCUGGUAGCCACAAGGAAGCGGGCUGCAGAGCAUUCUGGGGCCUCAAAGAAUGUCAAGAUACCCAUGAUGAAGAAGGUGCCGUUCCCUGAAGGGGAAACAAUGACCCCUCGGCAGAGGAAGUGGGUGCGUAGCCUCCCCAACGACUGGGUCACGGAAAACCCAGUUCUCUAUAGGGAAAAGGAAGAAGCCAGGAAGGAAAGGAUGCGUGAGACCGAGGACAUGAUCGCUGCCCGAGAGGUGCAGGGCCUCAUGGACAACUUAGUUUUCGAGAAGGUGAGCUCCGUCACCCUCCAAAAGCAAGAAGAAUUCAAGAAGAAAAAGUACCUGAGCGUACUGGCGAGCUUUCAGGAGGAGUUGGAGCAGAUUGGGGUGGAGAUGGAACCGCUUGUCCUGGAGAAAGGGGAGAUCCUUUUGAAAAAGAUGUCCCAGACUGACGAGGAUGUUGAUGAGCUCUUCAAAAAAGUCAGAAAUGAAUCGGACCUGGAGAGCUGCACUAUUGAUACCCUGUUGGAGCUGUGGGAGAAGGUGGCUGAAAGAUUCAUGCAGCAGAAGCGGGAGAUUAAAGAGCUGGAUGGAGAGCUGUUGACACUGGAGGUCUCUCGAGCUGACAAGGCAAGUUGGCUGCAAAUGGACUCCUUGGUGGCUUUCUCUAGAAGGCUUUGUGGGACAUCCGAGAGUCACUCAGUGAUGCCUUCUCCUCUCCAGCUAAAGGACAUGUUGAAGAGAUAUGUUGACAUGAUGGAGAAAACCUCCUACCUCCUGCAGCCCGACAUAUAUAGGCUGAUAGAUAAAGAAGCCAUGGCCAUGAACCAGGCUCUACUAGGGAACCGCAGGGCCAUUGCCCAGCUAUUGGUCAACCUGACCGAGGCCACCCUACAGCAGGAACUUGACAACCGCCACCGCUGGCAGGGCCUGGUGGAUGCCUGGAAGGCUCUCAAGAAGGAGGCUCUGUUGCAGAGCUUCAGUGACUUCAUGGCUAGUGAAGAGAUCCAGGAGCCCCCAGCUGUGCAGAAGGAGCUAGAUGAAAUGCUGAAGAACCAGCAGGUCCUUCAGAAAGUGAGGCUGGACCAUCUCUACACCAUCUGUGACCUCCUCCCCCCAAACUAUAACAAAGCCCAGCUGACUGAGUGGUCUGAAUCUCUCACUGCUCUGAAUAAGCAGCUUGACACCUACCACAUGGACUGCAUGGCACUGGUACGCUUCCUAUAUGAGAAAAUUUGGCAAGAGUGCCUGACCCGCGUGCAGGACUGCAAGAAGCAGCUGCUGGACUGGAAAGCCUUCUCUGAAGCUGAGGCAGAGAACCUGGUGAAUCCAACCUUCUUCCUGAUGGUGGGGGAAUUCCAGAGCAAGGUGGAGAAACAGCUGGAGCUCCUGGAUAGCUCCUUUGAGGCCUUGGCCAAGCAAACAGAAUUGCAGAGCUCGGACCUCUUCAGGUACUUCCAGGAGGCCGUGAAGCUGUGGGAGGGGCACCAGAGCGUCCUGUUGGCGCAAGAGCUGAACCUGGAGAAAAAGAUCCAGCAGCAUCGGCAGAAGCACAACCAGGAGAACCAGACCGAAGAGACGUACUUCGAUAAGCUUCUAGACCAACUGAGGCAGCAAAGCCAAGAAGAGGGGCUGAGAACACAUAUGGAGAAGGCCAGGGCUUUUCUGAAGAACAUGAAGUCCAGGUACGAAUGUUUUCACAUCCUCCUGAGCAAAGAAGUGAUGGAGUACCCAGAGCAUGUGCUGAAAGAACUCAACAGCUACAGCUUCGCCCUCAGCCGACACUUCUUCAUUCGGGAAAUCUUUGAGCAGAACUUGGCUGGGGAAGUGAUUUUCAAAUUCAGGCAACCAGAAACCCAUGAAAGACUCUUCAUGAAGAGUACAAUAAAAAUGAAGAAAAAACAAAGGACGAGAGUGGAAAUAUACAAAGCUGAUGAGAGCAUAGGUCAAGAGACAGGUUCUGAGAAGCCAGUCGAUGACAUGGGAGAAGAAGGAGGUGAUGAAACAGAGUCUGCCGUGGCUGGGGAGGCAUUGAGCCAGCAGAGCAAGUUCCCAGAGAGUGAAGGAAUGGAUUUGCCCACAGAAGAGUCUUCUCAAGAAGCCGAAGAGACGCGGGGCGUGAGAGAGAUCCUCUCAGAGACAUCUCAGGACCUGGGAAAUGUAGCGAUGCAGGGCAUGAGAGAGACCCUCUCAGAGACAUCUCAGGACCUGGGAAAUGUGGAGGCUCAAAAAGAAAAGGAGGGGGUAGAGGCAGAUGAAGAGGACGAGGAAGAGGAGAGCGAUGGCGAAGAGGAAGAGGAGGAAACAAAAGAGAAGGAAGAGGAUGAAGAGGGGGAGGACUAUGAAGAGGAAGAAGAGGAGGAAAUAAAAGAGGAAGAGGAGGAUGAAGACAAAGAUAAUGACGUGAAAGAAGAUCAGACGGAAUACUGUGAAGAGACACUUCUGGUGGGUCAGGCCAAAGGCAAGGAAGAGAGCCCAGAGGAGAUGACCUAUGAAGAAAUGGAGUUCUUCACAACUGCAAGUGGAAACACUUACUUUGCCUUCCUGUCUGUGGAAGAUGAACAGAAGAUGCACAAGAGGCCUCAUUCCCAACACAAUGUGCUCUUCCAUGACUCUUUCAGCGCCAAGUACACCGACCGCGUGACUAUUCCUCACAAACUCAUCUUAAAAGUUAAGAAACGGCUUCGAGCCGGCUUCUUUGAACAUCUGGAGAAGUGGUUUGACCAAUGUGCCCUGAAUGCUCGCAUCAUUGUGGCUGCCAAAAUUGAUGAAUUGUAUUCAGAACUGGAGCUACGCUUGCACCUGCACAAACCGAGACUCCAGCACGUGGAGAAGGAUAUUCACAACCUCAGAGCAGCUGAGCUCCUGCUCCACAAAGAGAGGCUGGACAGCCACUGUGCCGGGGUGAUGGAGACACUGAAGAAGGAGAGGCUGAUGUUCUGCCAGUUCCAAGAAGAGCAAGCCACACGGAGCAAAAACUUCCGCCGCAAGAUCUACGAUAUGGAGCACAUCUUCCUGAAUGCCACCAAGAGCCAAAAGCUGGUUAGUCUCACCAAAAUACUACACCGGGAGCUGCUCAGUUAUGUGGAUGUCGUCCAGAUGUCCCUGCGAAGCUUCCGGCAGUACCUGGAAGAGAGUCUGGGCAAACUCCGCUAUACCAACAUUGACUUUGUCAAGCACUGCAGAUUGUUUUCAGAGGGCGGCAACUUUUCCCCUGAAGAAAUCGAGGCACUGUGCCAAAGGCUGGAGAAGGAGGCUACCCGGAUUGAGUUCGUUGAAAGUUUAAUCAUGAUCCACAUGGAAAAGAUGGAGACGGAGUACCUGGACCAGGCCAAUGAUGUCAUCAACAAAUUUGAGAGUAAAUUCCAUAACCUAUCUUCGGACCUUAUUUUUGUAGAGAAAAUCCAACGGCUGAUGACAAAUCUGCAAGUGAACAUCAAGUGUCAGGUGGCCAAGUCCAAUUCCCAAGCUGAAGCAUUAAAUUCUUUUCUGGAACAGCUUCAACACAAGAUACAGACGUACCUGGACCACCGGGGAGAUAAGGGUAUGGUGACCACAGAUGACCUCCUUGCCUUUGUCCGAACCUGGAGAGAAAAGCUGAGCCAGAGGAUUAAGUACCUCAACUGCAGCCUGGACAUGGUGUCCGUCACUCAGGAUGUCUUUAUGGACACCAUCCUGACUGAUAUGGAAGUGGAGAGUGAAACCUGUACGUCUUCAGAGGCCUUUGAGGAAGAAGCCAAGGUGGACAUUGUCACCCCUGAGUCCUUUGCCCAGCCAACUCGCAUGGGAAGGCCCAUGAUUGAAGACCCUGCUGUUGAUGUUGUCAAGCGGAUCCUUCAAAUUCCUCACACAAAAUCGAUAUACCAGUGUGAUAAGGAUCGCUCCCAAACAGGCUUAAAGAAACAUCGGUACCGGAGAGAAAAAUCUGCAAAGAAGGCCUUGGCAAGCUCCAGUGCCACCUCAGCAGGGAGCAUGACACGACCCUCCAAGGUCAUCAGAGUUGACAGAAAGUACCAGGUGAUCGGGGAAAGGCCUCCUCCUCAGUCUGAGGACUUUAAAGGCAUCAUCCUGAGUCUCCUCUGGGAGAGCAAUGAGCACCUGCUGUUUGUAGUGGAGGAUUUUUACCGCAAAGAGAAGCACCAAGUCACCAGGCCUGAAUGUAUGUAUGAGAGCUUUGACCAGUGCGCUGAGCACAUCGGCAAGAAGAUCCUAGAUUAUCAGAAUCAGGCCAAUGAGUACCACAACUCCUGCCUCCUGGAGUUACGGGCUCAGGUGAGGAGGUUUGAGGAGCUGUUGCCCCAGGUGUGUUGGCUGGUGACAGAGAACUAUGAGGAGCAGCACUGGAACAAGUUCUGCUUGUCCAUGAAGGAGAUCCAGGAGCAGUUUGAGCAGCAACAGAAGCAGCUAGAGGCGAAGAAGGAUAAAAACUUCCAGAAACUCCAUCCAAACCUUGGCCACCCCACAUAUGCCCAGCAAAUGGAGUCGCUCCACAUCAUGGAGGAAAUAAGGCAGGAAGAGAUGAAUGAGAUGAUCCAUGAGAGCCAGGAGAAGAUGGAGCAAUUCGCCAGAAAGUAUAGCCGUUUCUUCAUAGUGAGUUUGGCCUCCUUCACGGAGAAGUUCCUGAUACAGUUGGACGACGUAAUCACCAUUGACGACAUCCAGAUACCACGGAUGGAGCCCCCUAAACAGAAAGUGUCACUCCUUAUACGAAGGAAGCUGGCCAGGCUCUCUCUGGAUGAAGAGACCGAGAAACCCCUGAUUGAGCGUGGGAGCAGGAAGUGGCCAGGAAUCAAGCCCACCGAAUUCACCAUUAAAAAUAGGAUACUGACUCGGAAGACAGCAUCAAUAACCACCUAUAAGACCACCCUGGGCCACUUGGCCGCCAUUGAAGCCCGGGAUGCUGUUUACCUGAAAUACUUGGCACUGUUGGAAAAAGAACUAAAGACCAUCCAGGCUCACACCCGGACCCUGGAGCUGGAGGCACAGCACUGGAAGGACAGCUGGAGGCGCUCCCUUGACACCAUCCAGGCCCUGUACCUGACCCACCCUGCUCUGCACCCAAAAUAAAGCCUUUAUUUCUC